AUGAAAGUACCAAAGAAUUGGAACAUUCAGACAUUGAAGAAGGCAUCAUUGACACUACAAGUUAUAAAGAAGACCGUGUACGGUUUGAGUAAACUUAGGAGGUUUGAAAAGAAGGAUAUAUGUGAAACCAAAAUCGCACUAACCUCACACACAAAAUUGACUAAGGUAGACUUUGCCCAUAACCCAUAUUACAAAGACGUGUGCGGAGGAAGAUUGUGGAAGGAACUCACCGAGAUACAACACAAAACCGACGUAAUCGACGAAAACAGAGAAGAAGAAGUUGAGAGAUGGAAUGUUUGUGCUUGGAAAUCAAUUUAUUGA